ACCCACGCCCUUGUGCAUCGGAACCACACCGAUAUCCAAUGGGUCAAAUCUUGCGGCUUCUUCUCACAUCAACUACGGCAGAGAUCGUGUCCUUUGCUUAAUGGAAGAUGGACGAAUUUAGGGGGGAAAAAGGCGGUUACCAUUUUUCUCCGGAUUAUACUCUCAAUUUCAAGCUACUUCAACUGAUUACUGAAUAUUUAUAGGGAAGUUGUUCAUUCAAGACGGCGGUGUAUUCCUUUCCCCACUGUAGUUGAGGCGGAAGACGGGAGCUAAGGCGUGUGGAGUAGAGGAGGAGACCGAUGGGACGGAUUUUUGUUGUGGAAAGGGAAGGGAGUUCCUACAGAUGCAAGUUCUGCAAUACGCAGUUAGCUCUAGCCGACGAUCUUGCAUCUCGGGCCUUUCAUUGCCGCCGCGGUAAAGCAUAUCUUUUCAAUAAUGCGAUAAACUUCUUUUUGGGAGCCUUGGAAGAUAGGAUAAUGCUCUCUGGAUCCCAUACUGUUGCAGACAUAUUUUGUUGCAAAUGUGGACAAAUUGUUGGGUGGAAAUACGAAGCAGCGCAUGAGAAGAGCCAGAAGUACAAGGAGGGGAAGUAUGUUCUUGAAAGGGGGAGGAUAGUCGACGACAUUGAAUUCUCGACUGGCUUCUACGUAGACUCUCGGUCGAGUAUAAGUGAUAGCGAAGAUAAUUAAGGCGUGAUAUUCUCGUGUUAUUGUAUGCAGCAUAUCAUAAUAAUUACCAGAUGACUAUGCUUAGGUUUGCUAAUAAUUAACAAUGUCUGGACUAUGUAAAUGCAGAGUUAUUUAGAUUGGCAUGCUUCCACACUUCUAGUUCAUUAGUUCAUUUGUUCUUUAUUUCCAGUACAAGUUGCACUUUCACCAACUGAUUCUCCCUUUCUAAUUCUUUCGACCCAUUUGACUCUGUAGCUGAGUGAAUGCAUCUAUAGUCAUAUAAAGCUGCUGCAGGCACUCAUAUUGUGCUGCAAGUUUUUGGUCAUUGAUGUUGGUGAGACUUGAGCUUUAAGAAUCAUUAAUCUAUACAUUUUUGAGCUUUGAGAA